UUUUGAUAGCCAUGAAAAACAUGGGUCAAGGUCGCAUGACCUCAUCUGCAUAUCAUUUCCGGUGAUUUCAUGAAUGAAAAUGCCAAAGGUUUAUUUAUAAGUAAUUUCAGCGUUUGUUGGUCGAACAGAUUACCACAGAGCUGGGCUAUGGCUUCAGGAGGAGAAGAUGCCAUCUCGUCCGCAUCAAAAUUGCUUGGAACUAAAAGAAAUAGCAAAGUAGAAAAAGAAAGGCCAAGAUUCCUAGCCCGGCACAGAAUGCACAGGUCAUCUGUUCGGCCGUUUUUCUGCUGUGGAAGUCAAAUUUCAUUAAAUAGUAUAACAGAAAUGAAGGACAUACCAGCAGGCCCACAUGAGAAAUCUCUUGAUGAUGAUUAUGAAGAUGUGACGGACUCGGACGAUCUUGUCGAAGAUACCGAGGUAGUUGGAGCUGCGGGUAGCGACAGCUGCAGUAUCAAGUCUGAAAAGUCCUCACACAGGUCAUCCCGCAUUCCAAAUAGCAAGAGAAAGAAGGCAUCUACACUACAUGAUAAGCCGAGCACACGAAAAAAAUUCUGGUCUGUAAAGCUGCGUGGGAAACUUCAUACAACAAAACAGUCGCACUGUGUUUCGGAGUCUGAAUUGAAUGUGCCAUUAAAAUCAGGUGCGGAGUGUGUAUGUACAUCAUACAGACAUUCUAUUUCUGGAGCAGAAGGUGGGACAGGUAUAUUACAAAGUGAUAUAAGUCUGCCUGUUUCGGCAAUGGCUCAUUUGCAGCUUGCUGCUUCAAAUAAUGAGUUGAAUAGAGGAUUACAAGGGGAGAUCACUGGCAGAGCUGGUCGCCAUGUGAAUAGAAUAGAUGUCCCUCUUCCGAUUAUAAACCUGAAUGCAUUGUAUCCAAUAAAUGACAUUGAUGAACAGUUAAUUGCCCAAAGACGGUUUGAAAUGGAACAUGGAAUUGAGGUCAAGGAUGGUACUGAUGGUAAUGUUUGGGUACAUAAAUCGGAACAAGAUGAUAAUGAAAAGUUAAAAGUUGGGCAGGAAGCUGCGGGCCAGUAUCCUUCAUAUGGUGCUAUGGGAUUUUUUUCAGCAGAAGCAGAAAGUCUAGUCAGCUCUACUCUCAAACCUACUAAUAUAGACACAAGGAGCCUGGCAUGCUCAACACUUAGUCUCAAUGCCAACCCCUGGUUGCCGAACAUUUCACGCCCUCUUGGUGGUAUUCAUACCCAGGUGGAUUAUAAACAUCACCUUGUACCAGACCUUCAAAGGAUUAUUAAAUCAAGCUUUUAUUGGGGUGUCAUGGAUCGUUACCAGGCUGAGAAAUUAAUCGAGAACAAACCAGAAGGGACAUUCCUGUUACGGGACAGUGCACAAGACGAAUUUCUGUUCUCAGUCAGUUUUCGAAGAUAUGGUAGAUCCCUUCAUGCAAGGAUUGAGCAGUGGAAUCACAAGUUCAGCUUCGACUCGCGAGAUCCAGGUGUGUUUGCCGCAGGAUCUGUGUGUGGUUUAAUAGAACACUACAAAGAUCCAAGUAGUUGUAUGUUCUUUGAGCCGAUGCUCACUCUCCCACUUCAUCGAAAUUUUCCAUUCUCUCUACAGCACAUUACACGUGCAACAAUAUGUAGCAGUUUAACUUAUGAUGGCAUUAACCAGCUUACACUGCCAUCAAGCUUAAAGGAAUAUCUACGAUUUUAUCACUAUAAACAAAAGGUUCGUGUACGCAGAUUUGACAAUGUAGCUUAGAAGUUAGAAACCGGGCAUAAAGAGACUUUAUUGUGCAAUCUUUACAGUUAAGAUAUUGGCCAUCAAAAAGCAUUAAGGCCUUGAAAUUUCAUCAUUCAUUUAAAGAGAUAGUGACUUAAAGUAUUGGUUGCUUUUAACGGAGAAAUUUCAUCUGUAAUUACAUAUUCAGAUUUACAUUAAUUAGAUUAAUGCUUAAUGUAUUUGUUGCCAAUGUAAAAUAAAGGCAUAUUUUUCCUUUGCCAUGUAAGUACAUGUAUAGCCCAUUUAUUUG